UGAAAGCUGCUCAAAGCUGGCUCCCACAUCCUCACCCCGUUCCGACCACGAUUCAUGCGACAUCUUCACACCCAUUCCUAUCCUACGUACGGUCUCCUGCUGCUACUACGGAAGUGAAGUCUGAACGAACCUACGAAGAAGUCAAACGAAAGUAAGGACUGUGCGAUGAGCGGACCGUACGGGUCUCACCAGCACGCGCAACCGCCGCACGGUGGUGGGCCCUACGAUGCCUACGGCUACGACGACUCUCGGCGACACGACGACAGAGCCCCUCCGGCUCACUAUGGGAAUGACUACGGCCAGUCCUACUACGAACCGGAAGAGUCGUAUUACAACCCUCAACCUCAACCAACAUUCAGCCAUCCGGCAUCAGCAGGCGGACCGGAUCCCUAUCACGCCCAAAACAACUACAGCUACGAUGCACCACAGUCUGCUCACACGCACAAUGUCUAUGCGGCGCAACCACAGAGGGAGUGCGCGCAGUACCCCCAGCAGCAAGAAAUGUCUGCCUACCCUCCUUCCGAGUACAGUGGCUAUCCCCAGAACAAUGACCUGUACCACCCGCAAACACCAUCAACUCCGAUGUCCUAUGCAGUCCCACACACACCCACAAAGGAUGCGUAUCGGUAUCCCUCGCCCAGAUCAGAGUUCAGCCACGGUUCCACAAAGUAUUCCCAGGCAUCAACGAAGUACUCCCAAGCAUCGAGGACUCCGUUAGAUCCAUCAGGCGCCGCUAAACCAGCAGCUCAUACACUGGCUACGAAAUCGAGCGCUGGGGCUUUCAAAGCGGGCUUCAAUGACGACGACAACAAGAACAACAAUAAGCGCAUUGGGACACCGCGAUAUUGCUGCGGGUGCUUCGGCACACGACGCUGCUGUCUCACCUUUGUUACUAUUCUGUUCCUGCUGCUAGCGGGCGGCGGGGUUGCUGCGUGGUAUUAUUGGCCCAAGGUUCCUAACAUCGCGACCUCAUCGCCCUAUAUACCCGUCACAGCGGCUGGGUUCAAACUUCCCCCAACAACGGCCGGCGCAGCUUCAGCUUUCAAGUGGUCACCUGGACCUCGCAUUACCGGCAGUCUGACCGAUGCAUCCACCGCCGCUCCGUUUGAGCUCGAUCUCGGUCUGGGGGUCAAUGUAACCGUGGACUCGCCCAACAACGUCGGCUUUACCAUUAACACUUUGAAAGUUGACGGCACUUUGUUGAACUUGAUGGAUCCCCAGAAGAAGCCAUUGACACCGAUGCCUGGUGGUACCCUCAUCGCAUCUUCGCAGAUUGUCGAUAUCCACAUCGACAAACGAGCAAACACGACAAUCAUGCUUCCCAUCCUCAUUUCCUAUCAACGCAGCUUGCCAUUUGAUCCACAAAUUUUAGCCUUAAAGCUCAUUCCCUGCCUACUUGCGCAAAAAAUCAAUCCGGGCGCUGGGUGCGCCGAUCCAGGGGACCCAGUCUUGGCUGCUUUCAUCAUGGCUUGCGGCAUUCCGGGGAUUCUAGAAAAGCAGCCGGGCUCGAAGCUGACCAUGACCUUGAAGAUAGAGCUGGACCUGAAGAUCAUCGCAUGGACGGGGUUCAAACCAUCAUCUAUCCGCGAACAAUCCUUCGAUUGUCCUUCGACGUUGACCGAUCUCUUCAAAUCCGUCUUCGGCGGGAUGAUGUUACCAGGGCCGGCGGCGAUUCCGGCAGUGAUUCCAGCGCUCGGGACGUAAGAGAAUGCAAGGGUAGCCUGCAUGUUUCAUCUGCAGUUUGGCCAACUCGGGCGUAUUCUAGAUCUGGAUCUUGUUAGACUUGUGAUCUUGUUGAGCGGGCGGACAUCUGCAGGAUCAGAUAGAGCAAGUGUAUAUCUUUAUCACCCGAUUCUCUACCUCAUCGGUUUACCUGUAAUUCAAGCUUGUAUGCAUGUACAUACGUGAAUAGUAAAAAGAUCUAUGGCGGA